AUGACUAGAUCUAUUACAGUCGAUGAGGUUGCUCAACAUAAUACUGGAAAUUCUAUCUGGAUCAUUGUUCAUGAUAAAGUUUAUGAUGUAACGAACUUUUUGAACGAACAUCCUGGUGGAAAAAAGGUCUUACUCAAGGUUGCUGGUUCGGACGCAACAAAACAGUUUGAUAACUUUCACUCAUUAGACGUGCUAAAAAAAUAUUCGUCUCAAUUACUUAUUGGUGAAAUUGGCUCUGCUCAAAGUGAAGAAAAUGAAGAGGUAGCUGGAGGUGAAGGUCCAUACGGAGAUCUUGUACCACAAGGUGAUCCAUACUGGUAUCAAGGCUUCCACAGCCCAUAUUAUAAUGAUUCGCACUAUCGUUGCCGUGCUGCUGUGCGUAAAUUUGUGGAAACAGAGAUCAUGCCUUAUACUUUUGAAUGGGACGAAGCCAAGAAAAUUCCAAAGGAACUCUUUAUAAAAGCUGGUAAAGCUGGCAUCUUACCUGGAGUCUGUGGUUCACCUUGGCAAACAAAGUAUUGUAAAUAUCCACCUGUUGGUGGUGUUAAACCAGAAGAAUUUGAUUAUUUCCACGAAUUUAUCAUUACAGAUGAAUUGGCUCGUUGUGGAUCAGGAGGUAUUCUAUGGGGUUUAACUGGCGGUUUGGGUAUCGGCCUUCCACCUAUCAUCAAAUUCGCGUCUGAUGAACUCAAACAAAGGGUUGCUCCAGAAUGUUAUGAAGGAACAAAGAAUAUUUGUCUUGCUAUUACAGAGCCUUAUGCUGGUUCCGACGUUGCCAGUAUUAGAACUGAAGCCAAACUUACGGACGAUGGCAAUUACUAUAUAGUUAACGGUGAGAAGAAAUGGAUCACAAAUGGUGUAUUUGCUGACUAUUUCACCACUGCAGUUCGCACGGGUGGUCCAGGAAUGGGUGGAAUCUCACUUCUUUUGAUUGAGAGAUCGAUGCCAGGCGUUAAGACCCGUCAAAUGCAAUGUUCUGGUGUAUGGGCUUCAGGUACUGCUUAUAUUACAUUUGAGGAUGUAAAGGUUCCAAAAAGCAAUCUUAUUGGAAAGGAAAAUGGCGGAUUUAAGUGCAUCAUGCAUAACUUCAAUCAUGAACGAAUGGGAAUCGCAAUUCAAGCUAACCGAUUUGCUCGUGUAUGCUAUGAGGAAUCUAUGAAAUAUGCUCAUAAACGAAAGACUUUCAAUAAAAGACUUAUUGAUCAUCCGGUUAUUCGUAAUAAACUCGCUCAUAUGGCUCGACAAAUCGAAGCUACUCACGCCUGGAUGGAAUCUCUACUUUACCAAACAAGAUUUAUGGAUGGAGAAGAUGCAAUGUUAAGACUCGGUGGUCCAAUUGCGUUAUUGAAAGCACAAACGACACAAACAUUUGAAUAUUGUGCUCGAGAAGCUGCUCAAAUUUUUGGUGGUUUAUCUUAUAGUCGUGGCGGUCAAGGUGAAAAAGUCGAACGUUUAUAUCGUGAAGUACGUGCUUACGCAAUUCCUGGUGGAUCCGAAGAAAUUAUGCUCGAUUUGGGUGUCAGGCAAUCUCUGAAAUGGGAGUUAUUUUUUUAUCAAACUUUAUUUAAACCUCUACCACACAACAUCCCUUUAAAUAUGACACUUGGUCAAACAAAAUUUGAAUGA